UAUCGCGUUUGAGUCGGUUAUAGGGUGUGUGAGUCGGCAGUAUUAACAUUAACAGCACGGUAAAAGCGUCUGUUAUGGACACAGAUGUUUCCAGAGUGCUAUAAUAAUAAUAAUAAUAAUAAUAAUAAUAAUAGAGUGUGUUGCUCAGUUUGUGCACUUUGACGAGGAUCUGAGUUUACUGAAUUAACAGGAGCAGAAAAUUCAUCAUCAUCAUCAUCAUCAUCAUCAUCAUCUCAUACUACUCCUGCUCAUCUUAGUUUUUAAUUCCAUUACUUUACAGACAUGAUGCAAACGGAAUCUAUUGCUCUUUGUAUGCUACUCCUCUUCUGCUCUCCUUCAUUCAUACAAGGUGAGCAUGAUUCAAACUCUACACUUCUUCAGAACUUCACCAUGCUAUCCACCUCCUCACCUCCCCAGAGGUCAUCCACUACACAUCCAGAAUCCAUUUCAAGUCCUACAUUUCUCACUGCUUCCUCCGAGGGAGAUCCCUCGGCUAACGACACCCUCAGCCAUAACGGUACAGCCAACAGCACAGAUGCUCCAGGUUUUCCCACAGAAGUUGGUGGACCUACAGUGACUACUCUUGCACCUACAAACAAAACAAACACUCCAGGAAACCUAACAGACAGCCAAGACGGGGCUAAUCUUUCAGCCGGAGAUAACCAGAUAACCUCAACAACAUCCGACACAACACUAUCCACCAAUGCCACUACACCUUUGCCCAAGGGCGAGCCUAAGACGAGCACCUCAGCUCCCCCUAAAGCCUCGCAGACACCUUCUGCCUCCACCAGACCUCAGAUUACCACCAGCCCAUCGGCAACAACCACUCAAAGCCGGGGUAAAUCUUCGACUGUUACCACCAAAGGCACAUCCAUGCCAACCACCACUGCAAACACCAUUACAGCUACCACCACUACGACCACAACUACCCAACCCACAGAGUUUAGCAGCACUCCUGUCUUGGCGAAAGCUCGUGUAGACACUCCUUCUGAGCUAAAUGUUGGAGACAGCACUGAAAAUCCUAGUACAUCAAUGGAUCCUCUCUUGGCCGGCUUGGUGUCCAUGUUUGUCGUGAGUGCUGCCAUUGUCUCUCUUCUAAUUUUCCUGAAAUUCAGACACAGGAAUGAGCGUCCAGAAUUCCGCCGACUCCAGGAUCUCCCCAUGGAUGAUAUGAUGGAGGACACACCUCUCUCCAUGUACAGCUACUGAGUGGUCCUAAAAACCCUUAAAAAACCUUGAAUGACUCCCAGGCCUCCUUUGAUCUCUGUCAUUACAAACACCUAUUUAUAUCCCUUUUCAUUCUUUGUCCAGUUCCUAAACUGAAACGUGAGCUUAAUUAUCCAGUCAUGAGUUCGCAGUUGGAACUGAACAAGAACCGGGUUGAGCGGCUCUGAUUUAGAGGACAUUUAAACUGUCGCUGUUUGUUUUUGUUUUUUUUUUUGGAGGCAUAAGGUCACGCAGACAUUCAAGGUCUCAGGCUUUAUGGCAAAUUUCAUUUAUAAUAGACAGAGAGACACAUUAUAUUAACAUUUAAAACAUGAAAUCGAGGUGUGUUCAUUUAGUAGGCUGCUUAGCUUUAUCUGUAUCAUUUGGAAUCCCUCACAAUGAGGGUUCCUGAUGAUAUGGUAUUUAAAUACACUCCACCCCAGAUCCUUCUUCACUCAAAACUCAUUACUUAAAAUUACACAAAUUCAAUAAGUUGCUUAUUAUGUCAAAUAAGUAUUUGGGAUAACCAAAAAUGAAGACCAAAUGAGUAAUGUGCCUUUUAACGCAAAAUUUUAAUGCUCCUGGUUAGAUAUUGUGAGUGUGUGUGUGUGCGCGUGUGAGGUGUGUUAGCUAUGUUGUAUUGCAGUUUAAUCACGUUUAAUGCCGCAGACCAAACGAUACCGAGUUGUAUAGCAAUGGUGGAAUUUAUUAACCGCUUGCUCUGAGACGCUAAUGAGACUCUCCACGCUAACACGUACACUUGGAAGUUAAAUUUGUUAAGCUUAUAAAUAAGACACUGAGACAGUGCUAACUAUAAAACUUAAAUAUCUGGUGUGCUACAAGUGCCUAAUUUAGUGUUGCUAAUUUAUUUACUGGAACAUUUUAAUAACAAAACAAAAAAACAUUUCCCCAUUCACACAUGCCAUGAUGUUUUUCUGUGUGUGCGUGUAUAUAUAUAUAUAUAUAGGUGUGUGUUAUGGUUGUUGCUGAUGUGGCUCUAUACAUGAUUUAUCUAGUAGGAAACAUUCUCUAGGAAAUUUCUCUGAAGAAAUAUUUUUCAACUGGUAGACCAAUCGACUGUUAAUCAGACACAGAAGCAGGGCAGUAUAAUUAAUUUAAUUCCAUUCGAAGAACAAACUGACGCCGAUACUUUAUUUGUCGUGCUGGUAUUUAGGGUUUUAAGUUUUAACCGAAUAUCGGAUUCAUUCAUUUAGUCAAGGCGAAAGAUGAGGUGAAAUAUUUUGCUCAGUGCUCUGAUAGUCACUGCGGUGGAAUUGCGUACACGCUAAGGAAGCUGUUAUAAGAUCACAGUAUGACAUUUUUAAUUAGGGUUGUUGGUUUCACGCCACUGGGAACAAUGACGAGAGAGAAGCUUUGAUGCGUAGAUGUUUACUCUGCUGCCUGGUUCACAGUUUAGGUGCUUGCUCUUUAGUCUGUCAUCAGCUUUAAUGGAGAUUGAGUCAAGCAAAGCCAUAAAUAUUGCGGUCAGUUAUUAAAAGAAAAGGUCACACUUUUUCACUUUUCUGCAGUGUGUGUGCUGGCAGAGUGAGUACAUGGUGACAGUAAGUGUGUCGUCAAUGAAAGUUUGAAAAGUGAAUCAUCCUGUUGGACAAAAUGACAACGCAUGUAGUAUGUCGUACAGCAGAUGCACACCUUACACGAUUGACAGUCUUUAAAUGUGCAGGAAAUCUUACUCAUGGGAUUGAAAUGAUCAUCCUUUAGGAGUGACCUAGCAAAAAAAAAAAGUUUGUAUUGACAAAUCGCUUGUAUUCAUUAAAAUACGCCAACAUGCCUGUGUGUGAAAGUGAUGAAUGUGCUUACAGCACAACUGUGUAAAUUUAGUGUCGCUCAUUUCCACUUGAAAUGUCAGCUUUCACAUUCACACAGUAAAUAAAACUGUCGUUUUGUGUCUUUGCAGUUUUUAGGUUGUUCGUUUGCACUUUAUUUUGGGGUGGGUGUGUGUGUGUGUGUUUCGGGUAGGGGGUGUAUUAUUUUGGGAAGGUUUUAGUAUUGUCAGAAUAACUUGUGUAGUCUUUUACUUUUUUCUUUUCAUAUUGUGAACGUGAACCUGGUUAUAAUAUGAAAGAUUGGUGUUGUGUAAACAUGCACUCUUGGAAGGUGGUGAUUACGUGGCGGGUAGACGGCUUCCUACGUCACAAAUUCUGGACCCAGCGCUGACAUUUGUAAUUAAGUGUCCAUCAUUUUGUAUUCCGUAAUGAUUCAUCACAUUACAAAAAAUUCACUUACAUGUUUGAGCAGCUGGAUCCAGGACGAGUCUGUGCUUGUCUGAACUAAGACUGCUCCUGUGAUCGAAGAGUAGGAGGAGGAGCAACAUUGGAGGCAAUUCAACAUUAAACACGCCACACCGAACCCUUCUAAGUUUACAUGAGUGUUAAAGCCUUUCUUUCUUUUUCUUUUCUUUCUUUCUUUCCCAUUAUCGCUCUCAUCCUUGAGGUUGACUCACGUGUGGUUGCUGCACGAGUUACACAAGGCUGAAACGGAAAAUGUAACAUCAUCAGGCACUGCUUGUCCAGGCCAUUUUUAUAUUGUUUAAUCUAGUUAAUUCAGCAACAUACAACGACUGACUGCUUUUAAAAUCUCCUGCUGCAUUUACAUCGAACCUUAUUAUUGAACAUUAACACCAAGUCCCAUGGCUGAUUAUCAUGUUCAGUUUGUUCAUCUCUAAAACUGAAAUUAAAGGUGUCCAUGUUAGCAAAGCUAACAUACAGACUCAACAACAGCAGACCUUUCUCUGAUGAAGUUAUUAGAAGCAUACAUUGUGUGUCAUGUCUCUCGUGGAUUUCUGCUUUAUGUGCCAGAAGUGCUGUUUUCAUGUUUGAUGUUCCAAAUGUUUUUUUAUUAAAUUUCUUAAAAACAUCAAA